GUAAUAACUUCGUGUUUCGACGUGAUGCCGUCCUCUUCCUGUUUGUAGUUUUUCAUCUUCAAAACUACAAAGCAGCAUCCUGUUGAUGCCAGUGAACAUGAGCUUGGCGGGGACUCGUCGCUUGGUGGUGACUCUGCGCUUCUCUUCUCCCAUUUGCGCUCCUUGAAAGGCCCCAAGCCCGUCGCUUGUGUCCGGACCGCGGCAGCGAUGUGCCAGGAGGGGGGCGAGGCGAGGGAGGACUGCGGCUCCCGGGAGGAGUGGACGCUGCUGUUCUGGACCUCUCUGGCCGUCAUCGUCCCGGUCAUCCUGACGCUGUGGUGCAGCGCGCAGCGCUCCAAGAGGAAGACCUACAUGAAGGAGUUCUUCAGGAAGAGCAAACACGGCUGGCACUACACGGACCUCUUCAACAAGCCCACCUACUGCUGCGUCUGCUCGCAGCACAUCCUGCACGGAGCUUUCUGCGACUGCUGCGGUGUGUGCGCCGACGAGCAGUGCCUGCGCCGGGCCGACAGGAGCCUCCCUUGCAAAGAGAUCAUGGCCCCGUCUCGCCCUGACGGAUCCACGGAGCACCGCUGGGUCCGCGGAAACGUGCCGCUGGCUAGUUACUGUGCUGUGUGCAAGCAGCAGUGUGGGACUCAGCCUAAGCUCUGCGACGUCAGGUGUGUCUGGUGUCAGACCACAGUUCACGACGACUGCAUGGACGGCUUAGCGGACACAGAGACGUGUGACCUGGGCGAGUUCCACAGCCUCAUCAUCCCUCCUCACUACCUCUACCUUGUCAACAAGCUGCGCCGCCGGCACCCUGACGAGUUCACCAAGCUGGGGGCUUCCUGUGGCAGUAGCUGGACUCCUGUGUUGGUGUUGGCCAACACACGGAGUGGCAACAACAUGGGGGAGGCUCUGCUGGGAGAGUUUCGAACGCUCCUCAACCCUGUGCAGGUGUUUGACCUUUCUGAGCUGACUCCUUCCAAAGCCCUCCAGCUAUGCACCCUGCUGCCCCCGGGCAGGGUCCAGGUGCUGGUGUGUGGAGGUGAUGGCACUGUGGGCUGGGUCCUGGAUGCAAUAGAUGCAAUGAAGCUCAAGGACCAAGAUCAGUUUAUCCCCAGGGUGACCAUCCUUCCUCUGGGGACAGGAAAUGACCUUUCCAACACUCUGGGCUGGGGGGCCGGGUACGCUGGGGAGAUCCCAGUGGAGCAGGUUCUCCGUAACGUUCUGGACGCAGAAGUGGUGAAAAUGGACAGAUGGAAGGUCCAAGUAGCGUCAAAGGGGGUCUACUUUCGGAAACCAAAGGUUCUGUCCAUGAACAACUACUUCUCUGUGGGGCCGGAUGCUCUGAUGGCGCUCAACUUCCACGCCCACCGUGAGAAAACACCCUCAUUCUUCUCCAGCCGCAUCAUAAACAAGGCCGUGUACUUUCUGUAUGGCACCAAAGAUUGUUUAGUGCAGGAAUGUAAAGAUCUGGAUAAAAGGAUUGAGCUGGAGCUGGACGGGGAGAGGGUGGCGCUGCCCAGCCUGGAGGGCAUCAUCGUUUGCAACAUCGGCUACUGGGGAGGAGGCUGCCGGCUCUGGGAGGGGAUGGGAGACGAACCCUGCCCCCCGACUCGGCUGGACGACGGGCUGCUGGAGGUUGUGGGUGUGUUCGGUUCUUUCCACUGCGCUCAGAUCCAGGUCAAGUUGGCAAACCCUGUGCGACUGGGACAGGCACACACCGUCAGGCUGGUUCUGAAGAGCUCCACCAUGCCCAUGCAGGUGGACGGGGAGCCCUGGGCUCAGGGGCCCUGCACCAUCACCAUCACCCAUAAGACCCAGACCUUCAUGCUGUACCACAGCACUGAGCAGACAGACGAUGACGACGACGAGUCCAGCGCCUCCGAGCCGGAGAGCCCGGCCCCUCAUGACUCCCCCAGGCCCCCGUGGUUGACUACUGUGCAGGCGUGAUGCGCCUCAGGCAUCACGAGAUCCUGAAACGCCUCCUGUCUUGGUUUCUGUUUUACAGUCCGACUUCACUGGUCCGCUGCCUGCUUGAGUUUGUCUCCACUUCAUACACCGGGUCUCGGUUUUGAAUCCUCGUUUUGUGUUCUUUGUCCUUUAUCUUUGAACCAACAUUUGUUCCAGCUGAGAGCUCAGGCAUUUACUAUCUGGAGCAGUCAGGCGGCGGCGAACAUGUUAAGGAAAGCUUUCUGUUUAUUUGCACUGAUCCCUCGUGCCAUGUAGAUUAUAGAGUCUAGAGAUAACUGUGCUGUAUUUAUUCUGCUAUAUUUAAAACAGAGUGUUCGUUUUAGUGAGCCAAAUUUAACUCGUUCUCCAAGCCCUCUAAAAGCCAUGUCGGACCUGCAGCAGGCCAUGAAAAGCUCUGAUACAAGGAAGAGUCGUGUAAGAGAUGACGGACGCCAUCAACUCUCAGUGAUUCAUCUUGCGUUUUAUGGCCUAAACCAAGCACAAAAGAAAGCUCUCUCUUGUGUCUGUUGCUGAAACUUUGAACGUUUGCCAAAAGAUCCAUGAGGGUGACGGAAUGGCCACCGCCAAGAUUCAGUAACUUGCAGACAUAUUCUUGCACCUUGGAGCUUUCCGCAUUUUGUCAAGUUACAAUGAGAGACGUCAGUGUGUUUUACUGGGAUUUGAUGUGAUAGACAAGCAUAAAGUCCUGCAUAUCUAUGAAAUGGAAGGGAAGUGGGAGAGUUUUCAAAUUUUUACUGAAAAUAUAAAAUGCUGGGAAUACAUUUGUAUUCAUAACCCUGAGUAGAGGCUGCGCUUCCAGCUUUUUGGGCGCCGCCUCUCCUGUAUUUAACCCCAAUCCUUCCAAGCAACUCUGCCCAUCAGUCCUAAUAGCAUACAGGACGUCAUUUUGAAAAACAUGAAUAAUUUUCAUUCGCCUUCAAACACAUGUACUGUUUUCUGUUGGCCUGUCACAUCAAACCACAAUAAAAUGUACUCAAGUUGGAAAUGCUACAGUUUUCACCUUUGGAAGUGACUAUCUGUUUAAUCAUGAGACACUGCUCCUUUAGUUUGCAUCUUUGGAAGCAGUUUGAGGAGCUUUUCCCUGGUGCCGAAUAUUCAGAUUCACUAGAUGUCCCUGCAGGAAACGGGCCGACUCGUUGACGGUCGAUAUGAAAGCACUGCCAAGUCGAAAUGGAACUACUUUUCCAGCAUGUAAAAAAAAAAAAAAAAAAAAAAAUCUUCUUUCCUCGUCUUUGCAAACUGUUUACAUACUUUGUGUUGCACUUGAACAUAGCUCCUAUCCAUGUUACUGCCAUAAAUUAUACCUGCUGAUGAGAUUUUACAUUGUGCAAGCAGUCCUUCAGCUUCUCGUGUUUUACCUGUUCUCACCACCAGGGGGGAGGCUGAGGACAGUAUUUAGCGCUAGAGCUUUUCAGACCCCUUUAGUUCAGUAGUUGCAGCAUCUGUUGCGUGUACCUCCAUGUGUUGCUCGGGGUGAGGCUGUUGCACUUUGUGUUUGUCGGAAAUCCUGGCGCUCCGAGCCAUAUCAGUAAAAGUCUGUAGGAUGUCCAGUUAAAAGUUUGCUGCAGCAGGCUUUGAGGUUGAACAGGAUCAGUAAUUAGCCAUGAUGAUGCCUUGCUGGACGACAAGGCAGCAAGGCGUCUGCCAGAGCUUUGUGUUGUGAUGAAGCAGCACUUAUGAAGCUCAAACUGCAGGAUUCUCCCUCCGAGUUUCCUUUUGUAAAGCUGAUUUGACAUUUUAUUGCAGGACUGACAGUGUUAUUUGCUUGGGCAGACUCAUAAAUCCUGAGCAUUUAUGAGAUUUUAAGCUGGCUUGUAAACAGUAUUGCUUUAAAGCUCAAAUGUCAGUGACAGAAAAGCAGCUUCAGCUUUAAAAACUCCACUAAAUGACUUGAAAUACUUGUAUAAUCAACGACUUACUUUGCUGCUGUCAAAAUUGCUUAUAAGAAUCUACUGUAAUGAUAAUCAGCAACUUUAGGAAGACUUGUGUGAUCCCAGUUUACUACAAACUACCAAGAAACAGAGCUCAGAGGAAAACAAGCGUUUAAUGCAAACAAUCAUUAAAAAAAAUGGCUGUUUACAAAAUGUGACAAGAACCAAUUUUGAUUGAGAUGAAUGUAAAGAGGUGAUGUUUUGAAUUUGAAGACAUUCCCAUAAAUAUUUUCAUACAUAACCAAGGUGUUUCUGUGUUUUCAUUCAAUUCAAUUGAUAAGAAUAAAUUAUUUACAUUUCAGAUGACACGGUGUCUUUAAUAGAGCUUGGAAAGUGGUUUGGGAUACAUCACCCAAGUACCUGAAGAGGUUUGAUUUUUUUUUUCUUUAUUUGAAUUUAUAUAUUCUGUGUUUUCACAUACAAAAUAGUGACUAAUGCAGUGAUCAGCCUUUUUUCUCCAUUUGUGUUCUUUCUAAAUGGAUGAAUGAACAUGAUGCUUCAAUAUACAGUUAUGUGUUGUUUUCUGUGAUGUUAUCCAACUUAAAUAACGCUUCGCAUUAUAAAGCAGGUGGCAGGAUCUACGCACAGACGCCAUACAACAGCAGAGUUAAGGUGCAUGCAAAGUUUAUAACCUCGCUCAGAAUGAUUGAGAUCAGAAAUGCUGUCAGUAAGGAUCACUUAGCAAGUCAUAUCUGACUAACUGAAACUAUAACCCACGGAUCCAUUUCCCUUCUGCUCCAUAUAAAGGUUUUUGACUUCUACGUUAUUUUUCUUGUACCCAUUUUGUGCAUAAUUAACUGUAGACUUGCA